UACCCAGGAUCAAUUCUGUCGCUUGAAGCUUUGGGAGCUCAUCAGCUUCAGAGCGCGCUCAAUGGCGAAGCUUUUGCUUUCGUAUUCGGCAUGUAACCCCGGCCAUCAAUGGCUUCAGUAAUUCCCUUUAUUAUAAUAACAGAAUUUAGAAUUUUCCCAUUUUGACUCAGGAUACUCCAUGGCUUGCCAUUGCCUUCUUCAACAUUCUCCUUUGUCAUCUUCCUUCCUGCACUCCCUGCACCCAAAACACAAAACCCUGCCGAGGCUACCCAAAAUCCCCUCUUUUCGAUCGAUUUCCUCGCAACUUCAAACGCCGGGACUUGAGAAUGAAGCCAAGGAGAAAAGGCGGAACACUCAUUUCGAUUUCCUCAAGCUUUCAGUCACUCUUACUGUUAUCUCUGCUUCCUUAUCUCAACCUUCAGCUCUCGCCGCUGCCGCCACUACUGUCAAGGAAAAGAAACGAGCACCCAAAAAGCCUUCUGCCAAAAAGGUCGAAGCGAUGUCGCCGGAGGAGCUUCAAUCUUGGACUCAAGGUCUUCCUCUGGUCUCUGAUCGCAUUCCGUACACUGAAGUAUUGGAAUUGAAGAAGGAAGGUAAGCUCAAGCACAUAAUUAAGACCAGUGCUGUGAAUUUGAGGCAGCGGGCAGUGCCAAUUUUAGUAGUUUUGGAUGAUUCUAGAGUUUUAAGAACAGUUUUACCAUCCUUCGAGAGUCACAAGAAGUUUUGGGAGUCGUGGGAUGAGUUGAAGAUUGAUUCUUUGUGUGUGAAUGCAUAUACACCGCCUCUGAAGAGGCCGGAUUUACCUCCCCCAAUUUUGAAACUUCCCUUGCCUCCUAAGGUCGAGUCUUUUUUGUCUUCGCUUCUUGAUGUUAAACCGAAGAAGGAAUCAAAGAAAGCCGCAGAGCUAAGACGAGUUAGGAUGGAAUUGCAGAGAGAGAAGAAAGACGAGCUAAAGAAGGUAAGGGAGGAGAGAGAAAUGAUGGAGAAGAGUAUAAAGAUGCAGAAGAAAGAGGAAGAGAGAAGGAGAAAGAGAGAAAUAAGGAAGAGGAAAUAUGAGGAGUCAUUACGUGUGGCAAGGACAAAAUACGUCCGAACAGCAGGUUUUUGGUAUGAUUUGGCGAGGGACCAAAAUGUGACUAGUGCUCUUGGACUGUUUUUCUUCAUCAUAUUUUAUAGGACUGUGGUGCUUAGUUAUAGAAAGCAGAAGAAAGAUUAUGAAGAUAGGCUGAAGAUUGAGAAAGCAGAGGCUGAAGAGAGGAAGAAAAUGAGGGCCUUAGAGAGGGAAAUGGACGGCCUUGAGGGUGAUGAUGAUGAUGAGGGUGAGCCAGGGAAAGAGGAGGAGAAUGCUUAUUUGAAAAUGGCAAAGCAGUUUAUGAAAUCAGGGGCUCGGGUUCGAAGAGCACAAAAUAAAAAACUUCCUCAGUAUUUGGAGAGAGGCGUGGAUGUAAAGUUCACAGAUGUUGCUGGGCUGGGUAAAAUACGCCUUGAACUUGAAGAGAUUGUGAAGUUUUUUACUCAUGGAGAAAUGUACCGGAGGAGAGGAGUGAAAAUACCAGGUGGCAUACUUCUAUGUGGCCCUCCUGGGGUUGGAAAGACUUUGCUAGCAAAAGCAGUGGCUGGAGAGGCAGGGGUUAAUUUCUUCUCUAUAUCUGCUUCGCAGUUUGUGGAAAUAUAUGUUGGUGUUGGGGCUUCUCGUGUCCGAGCGCUUUAUGAAGAGGCCAGGGAUAUGGCUCCAUCUGUUGUUUUCAUUGAUGAGCUGGAUGCAGUAGGAAGGGAGCGUGGCCUGAUAAAGGGUUCAGGUGGACAGGAACGUGAUGCUACUCUUAAUCAGCUACUAGUCUGCUUAGAUGGGUUUGAAGGAAGAGGAGAAGUGAUUACCAUUGCUUCCACAAACCGACCUGACAUUCUGGAUCCAGCACUAGUAAGACCUGGGCGUUUUGAUCGGAAAAUAUUUAUCCCCAAGCCUGGACUCAUUGGUCGCGUAGAAAUUCUAAAGGUCCAUGCCCGUAAAAAGCCAAUGGCUGAAGAUGUAGACUACAUGGCUGUUGCUGGUAUGACUGAUGGAAUGGUUGGUGCCGAGUUAGCAAACAUAGUUGAGGUUGCUGCCAUCAAUAUGAUGCGAGAUGGAAGGACUGAGAUUACAACUGAUGACUUGUUACAAGCUGCACAAAUGGAAGAAAGGGGGAUGCUUGAUAGAAAGGAGAGAAGCUUUGAGGCUUGGAAACAAAUAGCUAUAAAUGAAGCUGCCAUGGCUGUUGUGGCUGUGAACUUCCCCGAUCUUAAAAAUAUUGAAUUUGUCACAAUUGCUCCUAGGGCUGGUAGGGAGCUGGGUUAUGUUCGAAUGAAGAUGGAUUCAGUCAAAUUUAGGGAAGGAAUGCUUACCCGACAAUCUCUCCUUGAUCAUAUCACUGUUCAAUUAGCACCACGGGCAGCUGAUGAAAUUUGGUAUGGGAAUGGUCAGUUGAGCACGAUAUGGGCUGAAACAGCAGACAAUGCUAGGUCUGCGGCAAGGACUUUUGUUCUUGGUGGGCUUUCUGAGAAGUAUCAUGGGAUAUCCAACUUCUGGGUUGCAGAUCGAAUUAAUGAAAUUGAUCUGGAAGCCAUGCGGAUCGUCAACUCAUGCUAUGAACAAGCAAAAGAGAUCUUGGAGCGAAAUAGAACUCUAAUGGAUGCCGUAGUGAGUAAACUUGUUGAGAAAAAAAGCAUAACAAAACAAGAGUUCUUUCACCUAGUAGAAAUGCAUGGCUCCAUAAAACCAAUGCCUCCUAGCAUACUUGACAUUCGGGCUUCCAAGCUCCAACAAUCUCAAGAGGUAUUGAAGAAUCAAAAGGAAGCCGCAGUGAGGAGCCGCGAAUGAAGAAGGCACUCAGUCUAAGUAAAUCAAUCACUAAGAUGCUCAAUGGUUCUUAAGUUUGUCAUACCAUGAGGAACUUGCAGCCGGCGAUCAACCAGUGCUCUUAGAAAUUAGCUUUUGGUGUUUCUUUUUGGCCGUCCUACUGACACCUUCUUUGGGGACUGGACAUUUUGAGCUAGAACCAAAUGACUGCCAUACAAAGCGGUGAAGUUCCUUUUUUUCCCGUUCUGCUUUUGCUUGCAAAGUGGUAGGGUUCAAAAGCUGAUCACAAGCAAUACUUAGUGUGAGCUGCUAUAGAAUACCUACUUUUUGAGUUUAUGUAUAUUAUUUAUGGUCAUAGAGAUAAAUGUUACAAAUCAGGCUUUGUUUGAGGUUUCUUGGCCAUUUUAAACGGGAUGGAGAGAUUCUUUUCUGGAAUCGAAGAUUGAUCUUGUUCAGUUUAUUGUGCCCCAUGCAACAAUAGCACCCUGUUCAAAUUACAA